UAGAACAAAACCCACAAAAUGGGAAAUGGAGUUUUUUGGUUUUUUAAAUAAUCGGUUUGGACUUCCCGUCAAAAUUUCCCAGUCUCUAGGUUAACGGAGAGCAACUGCCCACCUUCUCAAGUCUCUUCAGCCGUCCAAUUCCCCUUUCUCGGGAGAAUCUCAGCCAUGGCUAUGAUAUCCAGAAACAGGGCCACGCGCCUCCCUUACCUCCUCCGUCAAUGCGCCGCUUCUCUCCACACUUCUCCCUCUCUUUCAUCUUCGUCCUCGCCCUCCUCGUACUCUCGUCCCUCACCUCCCAUGCUCUCACCCUUGGCCCAGCCCCCUGCUCUGUCCAAGACGGCCGAAUAUGUCAUCUCGAAAGUGGAUGAUGUCAUCAACUAUGUGCGCCGUGGCUCUAUCUGGCCCAUGACCUUCGGGCUCGCCUGCUGCGCCGUGGAGAUGAUGCACACUGGAGCCGCUCGUUAUGAUCUCGACCGUUUCGGUCUCAUUUUCAGGCCCAGCCCUCGCCAGUCCGAUUGUAUGAUCGUCGCUGGCACUCUCACCAACAAGAUGGCCCCUGCUCUUCGCAGGGUCUAUGACCAAAUGCCGGAACCAAGGUGGGUCAUCUCAAUGGGAAGCUGUGCAAAUGGUGGUGGAUACUACCAUUACUCUUACUCUGUAGUUAGGGGUUGUGAUAGGAUUGUCCCUGUGGACAUCUACGUUCCAGGUUGCCCUCCCACUGCCGAGGCACUACUCUAUGGCAUUCUCCAGCUGCAGAAAAAAAUCAACCGACGCAAGGACUUUUACUAUUGGUGGACCAAAUGAGGACAUCUCAAGUUGCUUCUUGGCAGUUUUGCUACACUCUCAUGGAAUAAUAAAUCCAACUAUUUUCUCUGUUCACUGGUGCAAUGUCAUGUGAAGGGAGAGAUAUGCUAAGCUGUUUUUGAAUAUACAUCAAUCAUCCUAGGAACCUUUUGUGUGGUAUUACUCCAAUAAUUUUUGAGUUGGACCAUUUAUUCUGUGCAGUGGCUUCAGUCCCUGUAAAACUAUUUGACAGGCUUGAACUUUCCUUUCUUUGUUGUCCAUUUAUGCAAUUGUUAAAAGAUGCUUAUGGCUUUUGUUCAA